UCGGGUCUAGAACGUUAUAGGCGCCGUCAGUGUAGUGUUGCGUGAUGUUUUGGUUGACCUUCUUAUUUUUCUCGAAAUACCAUCGCGAAUAAUGCAGAUAUUGCUGAGUUUUCAGCCUCUUUUCAACUGAAUAUAUGAAUAAUACACGUUUUGACGAGAUUCGAACCUAUACUCUGAACUGAAACGAUAGAAAUUUGCGCAACCUAACCUUAAAGUGCCAAAAUUGUUUUCAAUCAAGCGAUCCGUCAGUUCAGUGACUAUUUCAAUAACAAUUUUCAACAAUUCAAGUGCUCUUUUGCGUGAGUGUGUGUUAGUGUUAGUAUUAGUAUCAAUAUAUUAAUUGUUCAUACAUCUUUGGAUUAUUUCAUUAUAUAUUUAGGUGUCGAAGUGGCAGCCACAACGCAACCAUGUGAUGACCAUCGUGUCAGAUUUGUCAUCUCUUUGACGAUCACGGCUAAUGGAAUAUCGCCCUACAAAUCUUAAUAUUUGCAUUACGGCAUAUUUAAAUUUAAAACUCCACAUGUAUUGACAAAAAAUAAGUAAAAAAAUAGUUCAUUGAAUAUAAUACGGUUUCAUUCGUAAUGUUUCGAGCGGUUACAAAUCUUGCAAAUUCUUCUGAUGGAACUGUUUUGAACGAAGUUAUACAUGAAGAUCUUCUGCUUAAAUGUGAACCCUCUACUAGCGUGGACGCAUUAUCUAAUGGAGCUUUCGGUAGCAAGCAGCAGCACAAAGUCGAAGAAUGGAAGCGAUCACCUAGUCCCAGUUUGACGAACAGCCAUGUGCCACCUCUCACACCAUCACCAGGCCCAUCCAGCUUACCAUAUUCGACAUUGUCUAAUGGCUAUUCUUCGCCAAUGUCGUCAGGCAGCUGCGAUCCCUAUAGCCCUAAUGGUAAAAUGGGACGAGAAGACCUGUCACCGCCUAGUUCUUUGAACGGCUAUUCAGCAGAUGGCUGCGAAGCGAAGAAGGCCAAGAAAGGGCCGGCGCCGCGGCAGCAGGAGGAACUAUGUCUUGUGUGCGGCGACCGUGCCUCCGGAUAUCAUUACAACGCUCUUACUUGUGAAGGAUGCAAAGGUUUUUUCCGACGAAGUGUGACUAAGAAUGCCGUGUACGUGUGCAAGUUUGGGCACACGUGCGAAAUGGACAUGUAUAUGCGACGCAAAUGUCAGGAAUGUAGGCUCAAGAAAUGUUUGGCUGUCGGAAUGCGCCCCGAGUGCGUGGUUCCCGAAAACCAAUGCGCCAUGAAGCGAAAGGAAAAGAAGGCACAGAAGGAAAAGGACAUCGGACCAAUAUCAGGUACCGUUGGAAAAUCUGCUGCUCCCCUAGCGAAUUCUGCAUUACUUCAGAAGCCUGAUAUUUUGCCUGCGGUCAUGAAAUGCGACCCAUUACCUCCAGAAGCAACUAAAGUGAAAUUUUUGUCAGACAAGAUUCUUGCUGAAAACAGAAUUCGAAAUGUUCCACCUUUGACUGCAAAUCAAGAAUAUGUGAUCGCAAGAUUAGUGUGGUACCAAGAUGGAUAUGAACAACCUUCUGAGGAAGACCUACGAAGGAUAAUGAUAAGUACACCAGCUGAAGAUGAAGCUCUUGAAUUUCGGCAUAUAACUGAAAUUACCAUACUUACUGUGCAGCUUAUAGUGGAAUUUGCAAAGGGUUUACCAGCUUUUACCAAAAUACCACAAGAAGAUCAAAUAACAUUAUUAAAGGCAUGUUCAAGUGAAGUAAUGAUGCUGCGAAUGGCUCGGCGGUACGAUGCAGUGUCGGAUUCAAUCUUAUUCGCGAAUAAUCGUUCAUAUACUCGUGACUCCUAUAAAAUGGCUGGUAUGGCAGAUACAAUAGAAGAUCUAUUGCAUUUUUGUCGACAGAUGUAUACUAUGACUGUAGACAAUGUGGAGUAUGCACUAAUAACAGCAAUUGUGAUUUUUUCAGAUCGACCUGGAUUGGAACAAGCAGAUCUUGUGGAACAAAUUCAAAGUUAUUACAUCAAAACAUUAAAGUGCUACAUUUUGAAUCGACAUAGUGGUGACCCUAAGUGUGGAAUAUUGUUUGCCAAACUUCUUUCUAUUCUUACUGAAUUACGCACGUUAGGAUGUAAAGUGCUCAGAAAAUCAACAGCUCUUUUGCAUAUUUGUUUACUGUGUACUGGUAUGGAAAAUUAA